AUGACGAAACAGGCGAAGGAGAUCUUGGUGGCAAUCAUUGGUGCUGGUGGGGUUGGAGGGCAUUUUCUGACACAGUUGGCGACGUUGGUGAACCAAACUCCAGCACUUAAUGUCAGCUUAUGUUACUUGGGUAUCAUUGAUCGAGUCUACUGGACGUCAGACUAUUCUGCCAUUGACCUGGCAAAUGCUCUCGACAUACUCGCUGAAAAGGGGCAGGAUCCGAUAUCUCUCGAGCAAACGAUCGACUAUCUGGCAAAGGCGCCAUCUAAGGUGAUUCUGAUUGACAACACGAGCGUCCAGAGUAUAGCGGACCUCUACCCCCGGAUUCUAGGCUCAGGAAUCAGCAUCGUUACUCCCAAUAAAAAAGCGUUCUCAGGCACAUACGACCUAUGGAAGGAGGCAUUUGAGGCUGCUAGGUCAGGCGGCUCGUUAAUAGAGCAUGAAUGUACGGUCGGAGCCGCACUGCCGGUGCUUUCAACCUUGAGGACUCUGAUAGCUGCCGGUGAUGACAUUCAUCGGAUCGAGGGUGUCUUCAGUGGCACCAUGACAUAUUUGUUCAGCACGUUUUCACCAGUUGAUGGUCCGGCCUCCACAGCCAGGUGGUCUGAUGUUGUCAAGAAGGCUCGCGAACUUGGCUAUACUGAGCCCGAUCCACGAGACGACUUGAAUGGAAUGGACGUUGCUCGAAAAUUGACAAUCUUAGCUCGGAUAGCAGGAUUGAAAACCGAGUCUGCGACUUCAUUUCCAGUGAAAAGCCUUGUGCCGCAAGCUCUCGAGACUGUUCCAUCUGCUACUGAAUAUCUCGAGAAGCUCCCAGCAUAUGAUCAUGAGAUGGACGAACUGAGAGCCACCGCUGAGCAGCACAAUAAUGUGCUGAGAUUUGUGGGAUCCGUGGAUGUCCAGUCUGGAGCACUCAGCGUUGGUCUACGGCAAUUGCCGAAGAUGCACCCAGCCGCGCAGCUUGUAUCCUCUGACAACAUUUUCAGCUUCUACACCAAACGAUACGGUGACAGACCUCUCAUCAUAAAAGGAGCUGGUGCUGGUGGGGAAGUAACGGCCAUGGGUGUACUUGCGGGCUUGCUCAAGACCGUUGAUCGACUCAACUGA